AUGGCAAUGCCCGGGCAUGAGGAAGGCUCCGUGAAGACGAGAGCGGACUGCGGUUGUGUGGGGAGGAUGAUCCGCCGGGCGCUGCCGCUCCACUUCUGGGCUGAAGUGAAGGAGCUGUGUGUUCUGGCCGGGCCUGUGUUCCUUUCUCAGAUUAUGGUAUAUUCCAUUAGCAUUGUGAGCUCAAUAUUCUGUGGCCAUUUGGGAAAGAUUGAACUUGACUCAGUAACACUUGCUGUAGCCGUUAUCCAUGUUACAGGGAUAUCUGUUGGCUCAGGUUUAGCCUCUGGUUGUGAUACACUCAUGUCUCAGACCUAUGGGGGGAGAAAUCUGAGGCGCGUGGGGACAGUUCUGCAGAGAGGAAUUCUCAUUCUGAUGCUGUGUUGCUUACCAUGCUGGGCAAUAUUCAUUAAUACAGAGCAAGUACUGCUGCUAUGCAGACAAAAUCCAGAUGUUGCCAGGUUAAGCCAGAAAUAUGUGAUGAUUUUCAUCCCUGCACUUCCUGCAGUUUUCCUUUACCAGCUGCAGACACGAUAUUUACAGAACCAGAAUAUAAUAUGGCCACAGGUUAUAACUGGUUUUGCAGUAAACCUCAUUAAUGUUGCUGUGAAUGCCAUCUUUAUGUAUGGUUUAAAGCUUGGAGUUGAGUAA